AAAGCUCGAGGCAAAAUAUCUCUCUCUCGCUCUCUGGUUCCAGUUUUCUUGUGAAGCAGUUCGAUAAAGCUCGAGGCCAUCUAUGGAAUCAUGUGCAAGGAUUCUCUCCCCUACUCACUUCCCUUCUCUUUUCCCACGGCCCAAUUUAAACAGAAGCAAUUUCAAUCCAGUUUGGCCAAAAAAGGCAGAAGCUUCCAAGUCUUUGCGCUUGCAUUGCCAUAAGAUGUAUGUCCCCGGGUUUGGAGAAGCGUCGCCCGAAGCGAAGGCAGCCAAGAAUCUGCACAAUUUCUUCACGUAUGUUGCUGUUAGGAUCGUGACUGCGCAGCUUGAGAGCUACAAUCCAGAGGCGCACGCAGAAUUAAUGGAGUUUCUUGAUAGGCAUUCACUGAACGAUGGGGACAAGUUCCUGAGCAAUUUGAUGCGGGAAUCCUCAAGGCAUAAGAGUCUCGCAUUGCGCAUACUAGAGGUUCGAUCUGCAUACUGCAAAAACGAUUUCGAAUGGGACAACCUCAAGCGAUUAGCAUCCAAAAUGGUUGGUGAAUCUAACACGAGACUGAUGAGGGAAUAUGUGACAGAGACGAGUCCAGAUGCCGAAAAGUGAGGAAAUUCUGCACCUUCUGUUUUUGCUAUUAUUAUACAUGAAUUCAGUGUAUUUAUAAUAUGAUCAUGCCACUCCACUUGUUGGGGCUUUGUUCCAAACAAAAAUUGGUAAACUCAAUCAUGGAAAUAUAUACAGAUUGAAUUGUUCUUGUGA